GCGAAGGACUUCCAGAAACUUCACGCGCACUUCAAGCAGCUCGUGGCCGAGAACAGGAAGCUCAAGUUCGCGCAGGACCAGAAGUCGCAGGGGGCGAUGGAGGAUAAGAUCGACAAGUCCGAUCAGGCAAUCAAGAUCUACGCGGAAACCGGCGACACGGAGCUGGCGGAGAGCACGAGGCUCAAGCUUGAGGCGACGGUGUUGCAGAUCAAGGACUUGCGAACCCCUGCCACAGCCCACAAGCAGUGUUCUCAGAUGCUCGA